AUUUCUUCCGGCGCGGUGCAAGGCAGCUUCCGGCAGUUACGGUGGCGGUGGGGACGGGUACCGUGUCAGGACAGUCCUACCUUUCGUUAUGGCGGGUGACGGCGGCGCCUACCGGCUUCGCUGCUCCCUGCUGGGCCACGAACAAGACGUGCGGGGCAUAACGCAAGGCUUCUUCCCCGAGGGCGGCUUCGUGUCCGUGUCUCGGGACCGGACUGCUCGGCUCUGGACGCCAGACGGUCUUAACAGGGGAUUUACUGAAAUGCACUGUAUGCGUGGCCACUCAAAUUUUGUAUCUUGUGUGUGCAUCAUACCUCCAAGUGACCUCUAUCCUCGUGGGCUGAUUGCAACUGGUGGCAAUGAUCAUAAUAUUUGCAUUUUCACAGUUGACAACACAGCUCCUCUUUACGUCCUUAAGGGUCAUAAGAAUACAGUUUGCAGCCUUUCUUCUGGGAAAUUUGGCACACUAUUAAGUGGAUCUUGGGAUACAACUGCCAAAGUCUGGUUGAAUGACAGAUGUAUGAUGACAUUACAGGGUCACACAGCUGCAGUAUGGGCAGUAAAAAUACUGCCUGAACACGGAUUAAUGUUGACGGGUUCAGCUGACAAAACUAUUAAACUGUGGAAGGCGGGCAGAUGUGAAAGAACUUUUACUGGACAUGAAGAUUGUGUAAGAGGUUUAGCUAUUCUCAGUGAAAUGGAAUUCCUUUCGUGCUCUAAUGAUGCUAGUGUUCGAAGAUGGCGUAUCUCUGGCGAGUGUCUGCAUGUAUAUUAUGGACAUACAAACUAUAUAUACAGCGUAUCUGCCUUCCCUCACUGUAACGAUUUUGUAACUACUGGAGAAGAUAGAUCUCUUAGAAUCUGGAAGCAAGGGGAAUGCACUCAAACAAUCAGACUCCCAGCUCAGUCUGUAUGGUGCUGCUGUGUGUUAGACAAUGAUGACAUUGUAGUUGGUGCAAGUGAUGGAAUCAUAAGGGUAUUUACAAAGUCUUUGGAAAGAACAGCAAGCGCUGAAGAGAUACAGGCCUUCGAGAAUGAGCUUUCCCAAGCAUCCAUUGACCCUAAAACUGGUGAUUUAGGAGAUAUUAAUGCUGAUGAUCUUCCUGGAAAAGAACACCUUAAGGAUCCUGGUAAGUUAUGUACAAUUCUGUUAUCAUACACAGAAAAAUUUUUGCAUAGCGAAGAACUUUCUCUUCAACUGCCUCAUUUGUUUUUGUUUUUAUUCAUACAGGAAUAUGACUAUGUUUUUACUAUUGAUGUAAAUGAAAGUGGACCUUCCUACAAACUGCCAUAUAACAUUUCUGAUGAUCCUUGGCUGACUGCAUAUAACUUCCUGCAAAAGAAUGAUCUAAAUCCAAUGUUUCUGGAUCAGGUGGCCAAAUUUAUUAUAGACAACACUAAGGGGCAAGCACCAUUGAAUACAAAUACUGAAUUUUCAGACCCGUUUACAGGUGCUGGGCGUUAUGUUCCAGGCUCUUCAUCUCUGUCAGAUACAGCUCCUGCAGCAGAUCCAUUUACAGGUGCUGGUCGCUAUGUUCCUGGUUCAGCAUCAAAUGUAGUAACUCCAGUGGGUGGGCAUGAUCCAUACACAGGAAUGGGUGCCUACCAAUCAGCUAAAGCUGAAAACAUUUAUUUUCCUAAGAAAGAUGCUGUCACCUUCGACCAGGCCAAUCCUACACAGAUUUUGGGUAAACUAAAGGAACUUAAUAGCAAUGCUGCUGAAGAACAAAAACUUACAGAAGAUGAUUUGAUUAUCCUAGAAAAGUUACUGUCUGCAACAUGCAAUACCUCUGCAGAAAUGCCUACAGCACAACAAAUCCAAACUUUAUGGAAAGCGAUUAACUGGCCGGAAGAUAUUGUCUUCCCAGCCCUUGACAUUCUUAGAUUGUCUGUAAGGCAUCCCAUUGUGAAUGAGAACUUCUGUGGUGAAGAGGCUCACAUGGAAUUUAUCCAUCUCCUCCUCAAAUUUCUGAACCCUCAAGGAAAGCCAGCAAACCAGCUGUUGGCACUUAGAGCUCUUUGCAAUUGCUUUGUCAGCCAAGCAGGCCAGAAGCUCCUGAUGGAACAGAGGGAUGAAAUAAUGACACAAGCAAUAGAAGUGAAAUCAGGCAAUAAUAAGAAUGUCCACAUUGCACUUGCAACACUGACAUUGAACUAUGCUGUAUGUUUACAUAAAGUGAACAACAUUGAGGGCAAAGCUCAAUGUUUAUCAGUUAUCAGCACAGUUAUGGAAGUUGUUAAAGAUCUUGAAGCUGUUUUUAGACUCCUUGUGGCUCUGGGAACACUAAUCAGUGAUGAUAAAAAUGCUGUGCAAUUAGCUAAGUCUCUUGGAGUUGACUCUCAAAUAAAGAAGUAUGUCUCUGUGUCAGAACCAGCUAAAGUAAAGGAAUGCUGUAGGUUUGUUCUUAAUCUGUUGUAAUUGUUUUACUUAGCACUUCAGCAACACACCAUAUACAGAAGAACAUAUGCUUUUAUUCAUAUUUUGUGACAGAAUAUAAUGGAGAAAAUACUGUGGAUGACUUAAACUUGACUUGUUGUGAAUUUCAGAGCAAAUAAAACUUCUCACUCUCUUCACUUGA